AUGGUUUCUUUACUUGUGUCUGGGGUAACGGCCUUGAUCACCUUGUCCAAGCUGUGGGUUUUAGCAGUCAUUUUGUUUACUGUGCGAGCGAUCAUUCGCAAAUAUUGGACCCCGAUCAGAGAUAUACCAGGCCCAUUUUUGGCUUCUUUUUCGACACUAUGGCAGGUUUAUCAUUUGUGGAAGGGCCAUAUCGAAGAUGAGCUUAUUGACCUUCACAAAAAGAAUGGGUAUUUUGUUCGCAUUGCAGAGAAUGAAGUCAGUGUCUCUCACCCAGACGCAGUAAAGCAGCUUCUCCAUGCAAAUAUAGCCAAAGGCUCGUGGUACUCAAUUUUCAGUCUUCCAGACUACCAUUACGUGAACCAGAUGUCUGAAUUGAAUCCAAAGCGGCAUAUUGAAAAGUCGCGCAACAUAGCCGCCGGCUUUGCACUAUCAAACAUUAUCAAGUCCGAGCCACACGUGGACGCAAUCCUCCACCGCUUCGAAAAGCACCUCGACAGAUUAAGCAAAAGCAACGAGGUAGUAGAAUUUGACAAAUGGUUCAGCUUCUUUGCCUUUGACGCGCUGGGCGAAGUAACCUUCUCGAAAUCCUUUGGAUUCGUGGAAACAGGCACAGAUAUCAGAGAUGCGGUCGCAAACACCAAAGCCCUGGCAGUCUACAUCGCGGUCAUGGGCCACUAUAUCUGGCUACACAACCUGACACUGGGAAACCCGCUUCUGAGCCGCAUUGGAAUCCAGCCUUCAUCGCAUAUCUUCGACACUUGUCUCGCUGCUAUCGAUGCGCGCAAGAAUAACCCCGCAACAAGGAAUGAUAUGAUGCAGCGCUGGCUGGACGUUCGGGCCAAAUAUCCUGAUCGCAUGGCUGAGAAUGAGAUCUUUGCCGCGGCUGUUGCGAAUAUCGGGGCUGGGGCCGAUACUGUUAGUGCCACAGCCCAGGCGUUUAUUUAUUACCUACUCCGUCAUCCAGAAUAUUUGCAGCGCUUACGCGAUGAGAUUGAUGCUGCUCAGAAUCGAGGUGAACUCUCGCCUAUCGUGCAGUAUAAUGAAGCGCAGAGGUUGCCAUUUCUUCAGGCUUGUCUGAAAGAGACGUACCGUUUCCACUCUGCUGCCGUUGGUGGACUUCCCCGAGUCGUGCCACAAGGUGGGAUGACUAUUGCUGGCAGAUAUUUUCCCCAAGGAGUGGUUCUCAGUAUCAACACGUGGGUCUUUCAUCGCAACCCCCAGAUUUUCGGCGAGGAUUGCAACAGCUUCAACCCAGACCGCUGGCUCCAAGCAGAGACGACUUAUAUCGACUCAUUUUUAAUUCACUGGGGAGCUGGGUACAACCAAUGCCCCGGCCGUAAUCUUGCCCAAUUUGAGCUACUCAAACUAAUGGCAACUCUAAUAAGGGACUACGAUAUUGAGCAAGUGGAUCCUAGAAAGGAAUGGGUAUUCAAGAGUCAGUUUACGGCUAUUCCGUCUGGAUGGCCAUGCAAGAUUCAAAGACGCUCGCGUGAAUGA